UGAAAAUGUGUUCAUCCUCCCGCCAAUUCCUUCGUUUUAUCUUCUUCAAUUCUGAAUCAUUCUCCGCGGCCGAUCCUUCCUCUCAUCCUCCUCUGCAAUUUCCUCCACAUGGAUCUCUCCGACAUUGCCAGAAAGCUCGAGCUUUCAGACUCCGAAAACCUAAUCCGUAAAGCUGGGGAGCUUCGUCGUCUCUCGGAUCUUCAUUUGAAUUCCUCCGUUAUUGGCGUGGGAGAGGUUUGCAAGGCCGUAAUCUGUUUGGAGAUCGCCGCUACACGAUUAGGGAUUCUAUUUGAUCGACCCGGUGCAAUCAAGUUAAGCGGGAUGUCGGAAAAGGCGUACACCAGAUCUUUCAAUUUGUUGCAGAAUGGUCUUGGUUUCAAGAACAGACUCGAUAUCAGAGAACUGGCAGUGCAGUUUGGGUGUGUAAGGCUAGUUACAUCAGUGCAGAAGGGCUUGUCCCUUUACAAGGAUCGGUUUGUAGCAUCACUGCCAGCUUCUCGACGGGCAAAUGCUGACUUCUCCCGAUCGGUAUUUACGGCUGUAGCAUUCUAUCUGUGUGCAAAAAAGAACAAGCUCAAAGUUGACAAAGUUAAGCUCAUUGAACUCAGUGGUACAUCUGAAUCUGAAUUUUCAUGUGUUGCUACUUCUAUGAAGGACUUGUGCUUUGAUGUCUUUGGGAUUGCAAAUGAAAAGAAAGAUCCCAGGGAUGCCAAUGGGAACAGAGACCUCCUAGACGCAUUGCCAGAGAAAAGAAAACUCGAGGAUGGCGGUCAUUUAUCGGAUGACGAUGAAGAGUUUCCAAGAUCUAAACGACGCAAGCCAAUGGCUGAACAUGCGUAUAAUCAGUGGAAGUCCUCUGUCAUUGCUUCCAACAACCUAACCAAGACAAAAGUUCUUGGCAAGCGAUCUAGGCAAACUUCCCUUAACUUUUUCAAGGAAAUUAAAGAAUCAGAUGUUAAGUAGUUGUGGUGCCAUUGUGAUACAGAUGAAGAUUGACAAAUUGAUGGUUUUGAUUUGGUGAAGUUCGAUAGUUGGCGAUCGGCUCAGUUAAGCUCAUGAGGAGGGUAAAAACAGUCCCUCGGCGUUGCUGAGUAAUUUCUAUUCUUAUAAAACGUUGUGGCUCAAGAAGGCCAGAAUUUUUGCAUGUACACAUUAGUGUCUGAACGUAGUUAUGAAUUGUAUAGACAAGCAUCAAAAUUUAUAAAGCAUGAGGAUUUUUAUUUUGUUUA